CGUUCUUCGUUGAGGUUGUCGCAUCGGUUGCUGCGAUCGGUGUUUUUUCUCUUCUUCAACUAUGAUGAUAUCGGUCAACGUCGAACAGCGUGACUGAAGUGGCACUUGAAACAAUGUCGAGUAUCUUCGAACCACCGUCGUUUUUGACAUACUGGACGUACUUACCACAGCACAUAUUCCUCUGGGUUUUACUACCAUCCGAGAUAAGAUACUACCGGUGCCAUGCGUUUGCCAAAGACUCUCGGAAAUCCUCGGAACAUUUGCUGGCACUGGUGGCGAAAAGUGUUCUCAAUGUACUGCUGGUAGUUUUGGUGCUGUUCAACGUGGGCCGGCCAGCUUCACCUGUACCGACGCGUAUUUUAGAGUCAUUAUCAUACUUUGCCACACUGACGCUGCUUCACCUGGGGACGCAGUACAACGUGCGGGAUCAAACGUUUCUGUUGUCCUUCUGGACACUUGAACUACUGGUGAAUAGUAUUCGAAUUUUGAACCAAUCAUCGUUCAGUGGACUAGUGUUGCUUGGCGUUCUUCUGCUAUUAAUAGUUCUGUUGGUUUUUACCAGCACAACUCAGCCACAGGAUGGCUGCACCCCGACGAUUCAUCCGAAUUUGAUUCGAUCCAUUAGCUUCAGCUGGUUUGGUGCCAUCAAUCGGAAGAUUCGUCAAUCCAGAUUCGAUGAGUUGGGCGAAUUGGAACGGCAGUUGCGGAGUAACUAUUUGAUAGCAUGUUUCCGCUCGGGAACCGUCCCACAGGGACGGUACGAGGUGGUUGACCGGAAGGAAACGACACGCUAUCCUCGAAUGACCACCUGGCGGUUGUUGAAACCUUUCGGCCGAGAUUUACUGUGGACUGGAGUGAAUCGAUUCGUCUUGACGGUGUUGUUCUUUGCAUGUCCGUUUCUGCUCAGGCAGAUUCUUCGCAGUGAUCGUCAAAAUACACCGGCCGAAAGUCAUUUCUAUGUUAUUUGCAUAUUCAUCGUAUCGCUGAUAAUCGCCGCCCUGAACGGACAGUACAUUUACGAAACACAAAAGAUUGGUCUCAAAAUCAAAUCGAUCCUUCUGGUUCUGAUCUAUGAGAAGCUGUUGAAAAUGAAGACGACCAGCAACGCGGAUGUGACACUGUUGACACUGGAUUCGUCCCGUUUUAUUGAUCUGCUACCGAAUCUUCAUCUGCUUUGGUCCGGUCCGAUCGUCAUCGGUGCAUCGGUGGUCGGAUUGCUGUUGGUGUUGGGACGAUCGGCAGUGAUCGGGGUUGUGGCCACGAUCGUUAGUAUUUACGUGACGAAAAAGAUUACCGACAAGCUUCGGCUACUGCAGCGGGAUCUUAUGGAACGGAAAGAUCCUCGGAUCGCCGCUACCAACGAGGCAAUCGGAAUGAUGAAACAUAUCAAAUUCGCGAGUUGGGAGGAUUUUUUCCUGAGAAGAAUCUGUCAGAAGCGCCGACACGAGAUUCAGAUAUUGCGACGAAUUGUUUACUGGGAUGCUCCAAAGUAUCUGCUGGGGAUGAUAUCGCCGUUUCUGGUUUCAUUGGCAACUUUUGGGAUGAUGAUACUGAUCGGAGAUGCCACACGGUUGACGCUGGAAUCGGUGUUUGUGUCGAUUGUUCUGUUUAACAUUCUAAAGUAUCCACUUUCCAUGCUACCGGUUCUAUCUUCCACUUGGACAGCGACGCAAGCUUCCGUAGAUCGGAUCAACAGUUUUCUUCAGUCGGACGACAUUCGUCCGUUGGGCAAACUGAAGAAUGAACGAAUAUCCAAGAACUUAUCAGAAACGAUGGAGGAGAUGCUAAACGUUUGCCAAACGGUUCUCGAUACUCCGGUGGUUUCGUUUCAAAAAGCAAGUUUCGCUUCUGGCGAUAAAGAACUUCUACAUGCGAUAGAUCUCCAAGUGCCGAAAGGAUCCUUCACGGUCGUAACCGGGCCAGUCGGAUCCGGGAAAACUUGUUUGCUUUCCGGCAUUCUUGGUUCAUUGGAACAGUCCAGUGGAACAGUCCGGAGGACAGUUGGACAGAUCGUUUACGUUUCCCAGGAACCAUGGAUUCUGCACCGUUCGGUGCGAGAUAACAUAGUCUUCGGUUCGGAAUUCAACCGUGAGUUGUUCGACGAAGUGAUUCGGUGUUGUGGAUUGACACUCGAUCUGGAAAUGUUUUCGGAUGGUCCAAAUACGACGAUAGGAGAGAAAGGUGUUACCAUUUCGGGUGGGCAGAGCCAGCGAAUCGCUUUGGCCCGAGCAGUUUAUCAAAAUGCCGAACUGUAUCUGUUCGACGAUCCGCUUAGUUCAGUCGAUGGAGAAGUUUCGGAGUACGUUUAUGGAAAACUGUUUUCCAAAGGUGGUCUGCUGCAAGGGAAAACGAUAGUAAUGGUUUCGCACAAUCAAGCUCAUUUUCGUGAUGCUGAUUUGGUGGUUCUAAUGGAAAAUGGCUGUAUCACGGGUCGGUACACUGUCGACGUUUAUCGAGAGAUGCAUCCAGCAGAGCCGCAGAAAAGUCGAGCUCAACUUGACGAUGAAAACCCGAAACCAGAGAAUAAACCGGUGACCGAAGAACAAACUAGAAUCUCCACUGUUGUAGGGAAAAUAUCCCACAAAACAUACGCGAAAUACUUUGCUAGGCUCGGAUGGUUUACCACAGCUACGAUCGUAACCUUAAAUAUCGCCGUUCCGUUCUGUGAUAUCUACUCAACGGUUUGGCUAGCGCAAUGGUCUCUCGUGGACCACCGGGCCACGAUCUCCGAGCAGGUGUUCUACCUGGAAGUCUACGGUUGGUUCAUACUGGGACUUGCAGUUUUCCUACUAUCGAGCAGCACCCUGACAACUGUGCGGGGCACUUCGGUAGCCGAGCAACUUCACGAUCAUCUCUUGGAGCAGGUAAUUCAUCUACCGAUGCCAUUCUUCGACCGGAUCAGUUCCGGUCAAAUCAUGAAUCGUUUUUCAAAUGAUCUCGAUGUAGCGGAUUGUAGAAUAGCUCUUAACUUCCGGGAUUUCUUCGGCAGCCUCUCGAGCGUCGUCGCCAUUCUAGUGCUGUUCUGUUUCAGCACCAGCUACUAUCUGCUGAUCAUUCUGGCAGCGAUCGUGGCCCUCUACUACUAUCUGUUGGUGUACCAUCUGGAAACUUCCCGGCAGCUGAAGCGUUUGGAAGCCGACAGCAGAUCUCCACUGAUUCUACAUUUCAACGAAUCUCGCGAGGGUCGGUGGACGAUUCGUGCCUACCGGCAAGAAGAUUGGUUCCUACGGGAUUUUAUGGCAACCGUCGAUCGCCAUCAGCACUAUUCGAUCCUCUAUUUAGCGUCCGGCCGUUGGCUUGGGGUACGUCUGGAGAUCAUCGGAGCCGUGGUGAUUUAUUUUGUGACCAUGCUGGCGGUUCAACAUCAGCACACGAUCGGUGCUUCCAGUGUAGGAGUAACGAUCAGUUACGCUCUCCGGUUGAUUCCACUGUUGAACGCUUUGGUUCGAGUAUCCGCUUUGCUGGAGGAGAACGCUACCUCCUUGGAAAGGAUCGAUCAAUAUCUGGAGGAGAAAAAUGAACUGCAGCUUGUGGAUAACUACCAUCUAGAACUCAAUGAAAAUUGGCCGGAUCGUGGUAGGAUCGAAUUUGUUAACUUCGGUAUGGACUACAGUGAGCGGCACCACGCAUUACAGGAUGUAUCGAUGGUUAUUCGUCCGAAAGAAAAAAUCGGUAUUGUUGGACGAACAGGAGCCGGCAAGUCCAGUUUGGUCAGUGCCUUAUUUCGAUUGUAUCCGAUGCACACCACGGGAAUGAUCCUGAUCGACGGAGUCAACAUUAGUCAUGUGAAGCUGUCGAAACUUCGGAAAGUUAUAAGCAUAAUCCCACAAAAUCCCCUACUAUUUUGUGGUACGAUCCGAGAAAAUCUCGAUCCAAAUGGAAACCAAAGCAGCGAUUCGGAGUUGUGGCGGGUUCUGGAUUGUUGUAAACUGAAGCAAUUGAUUGGUGCACUUCCGGAACAACUGGAUACCGUAAUUGACGAACGUGAUUCCAAGUUGUCCGUCGGGCAGAAGCAACUUCUCUGUCUGGCAAGAGGCAUUCUACGAAAGACCAAACUGGUGAUACUUGACGAAGCCACUUCGACCAUGGACGUUGAAACGGAGAGUACGGUACAGCGGAUAAUCGAAAGUACAUUUCAAAAUUGUACUGUUUUGACGAUCGCCCAUCGAAUGAACUCCAUCCAACUGGCGGACAGGAUAUUGUGCAUGCGAAAUGGGAGAAUUGCUAAGCUAGGAACACCUCCUAGCUCGAGCGGAACGGAUUUAGUUGAGCUGUGAUGCAGAAGGUUGACUUGAAGUUGGAUUAUAGUGAAAUUUGUUUCUUAGUUUAGUAAAUGGAUCUGAAAAUCGAAGUCGUAUCAGUUUGUUGCAUUCGGAGGAGUUAACAGUUCGGCUGAAAAGUUCGUAUCGUUUAAUAGAAACACACAUUUUUUUGCCAAAAUUCGUUUUUAUUAUUCAACAUAAUUGCCAUCAGAGGGGAUACAGCGAUUAUAGCGAUCUUCCAACUUUUCGAUACAAUUUUUGUAGUACGAUUUGUCCUUUGCCUCAAAAUAGGCCUCAGUUUCAGCGAUUACCUCUUCAUUGCUUCUAAAUUUAUUACCAGCGAGCAUUCUCUUGAGGUCUGAGAACGGGAAAAAGCCACUGGGGGCCAAAUCUGGAGAAUACGGUGGAUGAGGGAGCAAUUCGAAGCCCAAUUCGUUCAAUUUCAGCAUGGUUUUUAUCGACUUGUGACACGGUGCAUUGUCUUGAUGAAACAAAACUUUUUUCUUCUUCAACUGAGGCCGUUUUUUUGAAAUUUCGUCCUUCAAACGCUCUAAUAACGCUAUAUAAUAGUCACUGUUGAUGGUUUUUCUUUUUUCAAGGUAGUCGAUGAAAAUUAUACCAUGCGAAUUCCCAAAUACAGACGCCAUAACCUUACCGGCCGAUUGUUGAGUCUUUCCACGCUUUGGGUUCGGUUCAUCGCGUGCAGUCCACUCAGCUGACUGUCGAUUGGACUCCGGAGUGAAGUGAUGGAGCCAUGUUUCGUCCAUUGUUAUAUAUCGACGAAAAAAAUCGGUUUUAUUUCGAUAUAACAGCUCCAAACACUGCUCAGAAUCAUCAAUUCGUUGUUGUUUUUGAUCGAUUGUGAGCUCACGCGGCACCCAUUUUGCACAAAGCUUUCUCAUAUCCAAAUAUUCGUGAAUAAUAUGUCCAACACGUUCCUUUGAUAUCUUUAGGGUGUCAGCUAUCUCGAUCAACUUCUCUUUACGGUCAUUGAAAAUCAUUUUGUGGAUUUUUUUGCACGUUUUCAUCGGUAACAGCCUCUUUUGGACGUCCACUGCGUUCAUCGUCUUCGGUGCUCAUAUGACCAGUACGAAAUUUUGCAAACCACUUACGAAUUGUUGCUUCGCCCGGUGCAGAGUCUGGAUAACACUCAUCCAGCCAUUUUUUGGUAUCGGCGACACUUUUUUUCAUCAAAAAGUAGUGUUUCAUCAACACACGAAAUUCUUUUUUUUUUCCAUUUUUUUCACAAUAACAAAAGUAGCUUCACUCAAAAUGCAAUAUCUCACAAACUAAUAAUCAGACAGCUGUCAAAUUUAUACACGUAUCUUUUGAAGGUUGGUACUAACUGAAAAUGAUAUGGAUUUUAUUCUAGUGGCGCCCUCUCAUAGAAACGAUACGAACUUUUCAGCCGAUCUGUUAGUAAAAUUUGUUUCUUAGUUUAGUAAAUGGAUCUGAAAAAUCGAAAUCGUAUCAGUUUGUUGCAUUCGGAGGAGUUACUUAUUGAAUUGUUGUUCGAACCUUUGUGUCAGAUAGUUAAGUGAUAAAAAUAGAGAACCAAGAGAAAUUUUACGUUUUUAAUUUUUCUUUUCAAGU